AUGUCCAACGAUUCUACCAGCCAGCCGAUAGCCGGCAUUCACACCUUUGACCUGCCAUCCGUGUGGCUCGGUGACAUCGCGUUGUGGCUGCGCACUGUAGAGUCACGAUUCGCCCUCCGUCAGAUCACACGAGAGGAUACGAAAUUUCACUAUGUUGUGGCAGCACUCCCAAUGGACAUCGCCACAGACCUCCGCGACAUCAUAGAUUGCCCGCCCACAGAAGCCCCUUAUACUGCCCUAAAGGAGGCUCUCAUUUCCCGCAUUUCCCUCUCAACGCAAAAACGUCUCCAACGUUUAAUUUCUGAGGAGGACCUCGGUGACAGGAAGCCUACGCAGCUUCUUAGGCGUUUGGAGCAGUUGGCAAACGGACAAGAGCUGGAUGCUACCAUGUUCAAGCAACUUUUCCUCCAACGGUUGCCUCCUUCUGUGCAAGCCAUCCUUGCGCCUAACAUUCCUUCAUCGACUGUUCAGAUGCUCGCGGAGACUGCAGACCGUAUACUCGAGUACUACCAGCCUCCUGUUACGGUUAACGUCGCUAGUCGAAGCACAACUGCCUCCACAAUCUAG